CCACCUUUAAAGGCUCAGCGAUAUCGUCAGACACGCAGAGGGACCGAAGUUGCAAGCAAGCACAUUUGGCGAGUGGAGAGUGAGCGAAGAAAUGAAGGCUAUAGUUGUGUGGCUGUUUGCAGCCGCCGUACCUACAGCUUUUACCGAGGGAAGCUUCCUGAAAGAGGGCGUCAAGCCAUGUGAAGACUUCUAUGAAGCAGUCUGCGGUAGCUGGAUUAAAAACGGAUCUUUUACUGGCGAACCAUAUGGAAAUGUACAAGAGUCGUUCUGGAAGGAAGUCGAAGAACUUCUGACCAAUGUGGCCCCUAAUGGAGACACCAAGUUUAACAAGAUGAAGUUAGCAUAUCAACAAUGCACAAAACAAGGACGAAGAUCUAGUACUAAUAGGCUGCACAGUCUAUUACGAAAACUUGGUAUCCCUAAAUGGCCAAUGGUUCAAAGCUCGAACGGGGGUCUUGGGUGGAUGGACCUUUUCGCCAAUAUUUUCACCGCACUGGACUUGAGUGUGCUGUUUGACAUUACUGUGAAACCAGAUGAAAUAGAUACAUCUUCAUAUGCCAUAAAGGUGAAAAUGCCAAACCUGGGUAUAGCUAAGGAGAUCUUGUUGGAUUGGUCAGCGGAACGCAGAAAGGCAGCGCUAGAUGCGUACAAGGAAUACAUCGACAAGUCAAUUCUAUUCAUGACAUCAAGGAACCGUACUGGCAGGAAGACAUCACUGUCCUGCAAGGAUAUCAGUGAAAACAUCGUGCAAUUUGAAACAAAACUGGCACAGAUAUCUCCCCCCUUUUGGUUCGACGAUACACCUAUCGAAGAUACGAACACCAUCGAUUACUCAGAUUAUGAUACCCACUACGACGACAACAGUAGUACUGUCUUCCCACCAGAGGUGCCCGACACUGUGACAGACGUGCCUGAUGUGGACAUCACCAAGCCAAGGACGCUCGUGUCGAAAACCGUUGCUGAUUUGAGUGGUUUGGCGCCAGGGAUAGGAUGGACAGCCCUGCUAUCGAAGUUAUUUAACGGAACAGGUAAGGAGGUUAAAGAAAAUGACAAAGUCGUUCUUGAUGACAAGACAUACUACAGUAAACUCGGGAAACUAAUCAACGACACAGAACGGAGCAUCCUGACCAGCUAUUUCGGUUGGCGCGUUAUCCAGACGAUGGGUCCCCUGAUUCACUCUGGGUUGCGUGAUGCAAGACAGAAUUUUGAGAACGUUGUGAACCAAAGCCAAACAUACAAAUCACAACGAGAGGUGUGUCUUCAAGAAUUUGCCGGCGAAUAUGGAACAGCCAGGGAAUUUAUUGGACACCUGUAUGCCAAGAAACAUCUCUCCAAAGAAGCCAAAGCUAAUGUGACAGUGAUAGUGGAAAAUAUUAGAAGCACCUAUAAAAGCAUCCUUGAAAAGUCCUCCUGGUUGAGCAACUCUACACGAAAGAAUGAACUCUACAAGUUGUCCAUGAUGGUGGCGAAGAUGGGUUAUGCUGACCAAUUAAUGAACGAUACCUACAUAGACGAAAGAUACAAAUGGAUGGGAGGCAUCAAAGACAAUAUGGCACUUCUGGAUAUACUAAAGAUGUUUAGAGCGAAGAAGCGGCUCAAUGAGCUAAAGAACCUGCAAGAACACUACAACAGGAGCCGUGACGUGGGCCUUAUUAGCCCAACUGCGGUGGACCAGUAUUAUUCUGCUCAGGACAACACUUUUGUGUUUCCUGCUGCAACCCUUCAAAAACCCUUCUUCUUUGGCGAACUUCCCAGUGAAGCGCUCACUGGACUGCUCGGAUGGAGCGUAGCGCGAGUCAUGACGUAUGGUUUAGACUCAAAUGGCGGCUGGUCUGGAGGAGACGGUGCUUGGCUUGAAUACACUUACUGGUCAAAGCACUCGACAGAAGAAGAGGAAAGAAAGAGAAGCUGCUUCAAGUCGCUAUACAACAACUAUUCUGCGGAAAACUCCGAGAACGUUCGGGAUAUUACUCUCGCAAGGGACGUGGUAGACAAUGCUGGACUUCAGGUUGCUUUCAAGGCCCUAGGCGGAGGUGAAGACUGUUACAUGGAGGGGAUGAACCGCACCCGCAACCAGCUCUUCUUCAUAUAUGCAGGCCUUGGCAUGUGCUUAAAUACGCGUGAAAUUCUUCUACGGAGACCGGAAGACGCCAAGUACUUCAGUUCAGCAAAGCAACGUGUUAACGUUCCGUUUGGAAACAUGCGGGAAUUCGCAGAGGCUUUCGAGUGUAAGGAUACCGACAACAUGUCGUUCAAGAACAGGUGCUCAUUCUGGUGAACAUCAUCAUGGCCAAGGAGUGAAGACAACGGUAUAUAGCAUGGUGCAUGCACGAGAUAUUUCACAUUUACUGGUCGAAUGACAACGCUCUGACUACAACAGUAAGCAGCAAA